CGGGCGGUGGAGGGGACACGAGAAAGGGAGAGAGGGGGGGAAAAAACGGUCACAUUUGUCAGGCACCUGAAAACGUGCUGGUUAUUUCAGGACGCGUGUUGCUUAUUGAUGAGUGGGGUGUGUUUAAACUACUUGCACUCUCAUGGUGUUUUCAUAGUGACUGUACAUGGCAAGCAGUUCAGUGUGACAGAACCCCUUUGAGGAGCACAUCCAUAGAGCGCUGUUCACAUCGGAGUUUUUUCUUUCUUUCUUCUGGAUUGAAUACAGCAUUGCUCUAUUUUCUUCUUCUCAAACAAUUUUUGUUCUGCCGAGUGGAUUUUCUCAAGCGGCCCCCAAACCAAUGCCCUGUGCACAUCCCUGCUCUUUUGAUCUUUGGGAUACACACUCUAUGCCUUGGCGGUUCAGGACUCUUUCACCUGUGUCUACCAAACUCCUCGGCGGCGACCAGAGGCGCUAAACAAACGACAACAAACAGAAGCAACGCCUGCCUAUCUGCUAAGAGACAUGGAGAAUAGUCCCGGAGGAGGUGUCAUCCUUUAUGCUGGCUCCUCUGGCAGUGCCAGCCCGAGUCCUGGCAGCCCCUCCAGUGGAUACCAGACCCAGUCACCCUCCUCCCACUCACAACCCUCGUCCCCAGAGGGUGUCUCCUUUCAGGAAAUUGGGGCCAUGAAGCAGGCAGGGGAACAAAGGGGAGGGACGCCUUCCCCGAAAAUGGUCUUCCAAUUUCCAGAAGUGAACAAUGCUCCAGCUGCCCAAGUUACAACGGUAUCUUCAGCCACCUACAGCCAUCCUACAGUGGCCAAAAGACCUUGUGGCUUUACCGGCACCUUCCCUAAAACAGGAGGGAUGGUGCUUCUGUGUAAGGUGUGCGGGGACAUUGCAUCUGGGUUCCAUUACGGUGUCCACGCCUGUGAGGGUUGCAAGGGUUUCUUCAGACGCAGCAUUCAGCAGAAUAUCCACUACAAGAUGUGCGUGAAGAAUGAAAACUGCCUCAUCAUGCGCAUGAACCGAAACCGCUGCCAACACUGCCGCUUUAAGAAGUGUCUCUCUGUGGGCAUGUCCAGAGAUGCGGUGCGAUUUGGCCGCAUUCCCAAGCGAGAGAAACAGAGACUGUUGGAUGAGAUGCAGAGCUACAUGAACAGUCUCAAUGAAUCUGCUUCCAUGGAGAUGGAGAUGUCACCUCCCUCCGCCACCCACUGCAGCCCAAAGAACCAGACGAACGAAGGCGCAGGCUCCAUCAUGCAGUCAUACCAGAGUGACUUAAUAAACAGCGAGAAGAAACCUCUCAAGAGGCCCGCCAGCAACGGCAACCUUGGCAAUUCUUUCCAGAGCAGUCCUGUGCAGGAAAGGGCCCCGCCUCAUCCGGCAGCACAGGCGCACCACAAGUUUCAGGCCGACUUGACGUCGGGAUACAGCGUCCCUUCAAAGUGUCCCGUUGCCCACACCAAUAACGACAACGCCACGAAUAAUAACGCCAACGAUUCCAAGUAUGGCUUCACCAAUCAAAAUCAGUGCCCCGUCCGCGGCGCCCUUUCAUCUCAGCACUAUGCAGUCAAUCAGAAGAUGGAUUCUCAGAACCAAAAUUCAUGUCCAUGGAAGCUAAACGGUGGAGCCAAAGUCUUGGCAUGUCCACUCAAUUCUUGUCCGGUGGCUCCAGCCAGUCGCUCCAGUCAGGAAGUGUGGGAGUCCUUUUCCCAGUGUUUCACCCCUGCUGUCAAAGAAGUGGUGGAGUUCGCAAAGAGUAUACCUGGCUUCCAGACUCUGACCCAACAGGACCAAGUCAUGCUACUCAAAUCUGGCACUUUCCAGGUGCUGAUGGUGAGGUUCUGCUCAUUAUUUGACCCCAAGGAGAGGACUGUGACCUUUCUCAACGGGCAGACAUACUCCCUGGCAUCACUACGGGCACUGGGCAUGGGCGUUCUACUGGACGCUAUGUUUGAUUUCAGCGAGAAGCUCGGAUCUCUGGGUUUGGAACCAGAUGAGAUGGCCCUUUUUAUGGCUGUCGUGCUCGUUUCAGCCGAUCGCUGUGGUAUAGUGGAUGUGGGAGCGGUGGAGCUGCUCCAGGAGAACCUCAUUAAAGCGCUGCGCACGCUAAUUACAAGUCGCCGGCCGGACGACACCACCCUCUUCCCCAAGCUGCUGCUACGUCUGCCGGACCUGCGAACCUUGAACAACCAGCACUCUGACAAGCUCUUAGCAUUUCGCAUAGAUCCGUAAACAAGCACAAGGCCCGCUCAAAUGUCUGCUUGGGAGAGCUUCUCGGCUUGCAACUCAAGCCAAGCCCGCCACAGAUGUAGGCCUUUGUUGUUGGAGCUCGGCCGAGUGCCAUGCCGUGAGAGAGGGGACUCUGAAAGCGCAGCGGGGAGGUUGAAGCCCUUGAACUCAAACGAUCUCUUGCUUCCAAGACUGUCAGUCACGACUUCAAACCGUGUUCUUCCUGGUUGGUUCACCAAAUCUUGACUGCUUCUCCCUGGAGGUUCUCUGUUGGUCCAAACUUUUCGAUUUUGUCCUCUAAUUCCACUAGACAGCAAAACACACACUCCAGGCCAGAUACGAGUCGUUUGUACAAACCUUCACCUACUACGACGCGACUGUACAGACUCACCUGUAAAUGGCAUGCUCCGGACAUAAAGAAGCCCCUUAGCCCGGUGUCGAUGGCACAAAGCUAAAAGAAUGGUUUAUGUGUCGAAAAGACAUCAGCUCUUUUCACGUCCUAAGUCAAUCACUUUAUUGUGAAUGAGAGUUGCAUAAUGAUGUAUUUUGAAGAAAUGAAAAUAAGUUGUAUUGUGUUGCUAAGUGCUAAUCAGGGAGAAAUUAUUGGCCGUUAAAGGCCGAGUCUGAUGGGUUUUCACUGAAUAUGUUCUAUGUACAUUUUUUUGUAAAUAACAUGCUUGUUUGGUACCCAUGGUAGUUUGAAGAGUCUUGGACAUGUUAAUGAAGUUGUUCAGUAUUGUAUUAAGCCAGCAUCAUAAACGAUAUAUUAUAAAUUGUUCUAUAGACUGCAUUUGAACCAUGCACUCUGAAUAUAAACUUUUGAUUUCAGAAUAUAUGAAAGAACUAACUGUAUUGUCGACUGACUGCAUCACAUGUGUAUAUUUUGUAACUGUUUUGUGGUUACACCAUAGAGUACUAUUAUUAAAUAAUGUUAUAUACCA